UUGGUCUGUUCUUUAUAGCUGCACUGUUGAACUAGUGUGAUAAGUUCGAGUGAGACAAGCAGAUGUCUUCUCACUUCAACUUAUCGCGCCAGUUUAGCAGCGCAGCUACAACGAACAGACCGCACGCAGUUCGGUCGUGGAAUUAUCUCGAAUUGCGCUCGUCGAGAAAGUUCGCGGAGGCGCACCGGCGUGUGCGGUUAAAAACUACGUCGUUUCGUUCGAAUCUUAUCCCCGUGUACACAGUCUCACACACACACACACACGUACAUCUGAUUUCAUCCUUCUCCGCGUGACACGUUCGACGUGUCUCGUUUCGGCGGCCGAAGACAUUUCCCCCAGACUGCGCGGGAGUGACCGUGAAUGCAUCCGAGAGCGAGCCAGCGAAUCGUCGAGGUUAGGCGGGCGACCGCAUCGGGAGAGCGUUGCUCGCGUGAUCUCGCAGGGGACGCGAAGUCGUACGUGAAUCGUCGCACGGAGGGGACUCUCCACGCCGACGGGGGACGCAUGUGAAGUCUCUCGCGGAUCUGCGAAUCUCGUCCUCGCACACCGUCCAUUCACACAGGCCACGUCGCGGGGCCCCAAGCUUCCCCAUGGUGCGAACCGUAACGACAACUGUACUCUUACGAUUGUAGAGCGUCUUUCAGCUGUGCGAAUCCUCCGACGCGUUCGAGUCGCUAUUUGAAAUGCGGACGGCCACGCUAAAGUGCUGAGGGUACCAGCCGACGUAGCGACGCGAGAGUCUCGAGCGGUCGAGAAUGCUGGCGAAAAUCCCUCAGGUGUCCCCACUGCGGCACCUACUGCGAGAGUUCCCCGGGAACGUAAAGUUUUGCUUCGCCUACGGAUCGGGCGUAUUCAGGCAGGCCAACAAUGACAAUGAGAAUAUGCUGGAUCUCAUAUUUGUCGCGCGCAACCCCAAUAAGUGGCACGCCGAGAACCUGCAGAGAAAUCCCGGGCAUUAUGCCCACCUGUUGAGACUCCUCGGGCACAAAGCGAUCACCAGGGUGCAGGAGGGAUCGGGCGCCAAUAUCUAUUACAACACCCUGAUCAGGACGAGCCAGGGCCAGCUCGUCAAGUACGGAGUGAUCUCCGAGGUGUCGCUGAUGGAAGAUCUCCUGGACUGGAACCACUUGUAUCUGUCGGGACGGCUGCACAAGCCGGUGAAAGUGCUGGUGGAGCCGGACGAGGGCUCCCAGCUGCGCACCGCCCUGGUGCAGAAUCUCCACUCGGCGGUGCACGCCACUUUGUUGCUGUUGCCCGAGCACUUCACCGAGAUCGAGUUCUUCCGGAAGAUCACCGGGCUCUCCUACCACGGUGACUUCCGGAUGAUCUUCGGCGAGAACAAGGAGAAGAUCAAUAACAUCGUGGCGCCGCAGCUCGCUCACUUCAAGCAGCUGUACGAGCCGGUGCUGAAGCACUUCGACAACUACGUGGACAUACCGAGGUCGGACGACGUGGCGGUCGCGUGCCACCAGGACACCAGCCCGGCGGCGAAGGUCCAUCAUCUGAAUCACCUGCCGCGAACGCCGCAGAUCAAGCUGGUCCGGGCAUGGUCCCACGGGCCGCGCUCGAGAGACACGGAGGACUGCCUGCGGGCUGUCGCGCACGACCCGGAGUGCUGCGAGAUCCUGGAGCAGUGCCUGAAGGAUAUCGUCUGGCGGUCCAGCGUGACGCAGAGCCUCAAGGGAAUCGUCACGGCCGGCCUCGUGAAAUCCGUUAAGUACAGCGGCGCCAAGAUAAUUAAGAUGUUACAGUCGAAUGGGCCCGACAGGCGCACGCUGGCCGCCAAGCCGGACUCGAGUAAAAUCGAGAAGAUCGUUGAGGCGGUCGUGAAGAAGACGGAGGCGAAAGGGACGGAAAAGCGCGUCGAGUAGUGUUACCGAACCGUCCGGAUUGUUAGAUCAACCCUCUUCCCGACACGUACACAUUAUAUGUAAAUUCUCCCACGCUUGUAUCGCAAGAAUAAAGUAGAUAGUUUCUUCAUUCAA